UCUUUACUACUCAAUAAUUACACUUAUCUCGUUUACUUUAUAAAAUUAGAUAACAACAAUAUGCCUACUUUCUUUUCAUACCCUGAUAUUGAACUUCAGCAGAAGUUGAAGAACACUGCUGAAGCUAUUGUAGCACCAGGAAAAGGGAUUUUGGCUGUUGAUGAAUCUAACGAGGGUAUUGGCAAGUUACUAGCAUCUGUUGGACUGGUCAAUAACGAAAACAACAGAAGAAAAUAUCGACAACUUCUUUUUACCACAGAUCAUACACUCUCAAAGAGUAUUUCAGCUGUUAUUCUCUUUGACGAGACGGUGUAUCAGAAAACAGACGACGGCACGCCUUUUAUGGAUAUACUGAAAAAGAAUAACAUAAUACCGGGUAUUAAAGUUGACAGGGACGUAGUACCGCUGUUUCUGUCCGAAGAUGAAUUUACGACUCAGGGUCUAGACGAUCUCGCCAAACGUUGCGCCGAGUACUCGAAGCAAGGAUGCAGGUUUGCGAAAUGGCGAUGUCCAUUAAAGAUAGGGGAGCACACACCAUCCUUCCUGGCUAUACAGGACACAGCGAAUGUUCUAGCAAGAUAUGCCGCAGUGUGCCAGAGUCAAGGCCUGGUGCCUAUCGUGGAACCCGACGUCCUUUUAGAUGGGGAUCAUGACAUUGAUAGAUGUCAAAAGGUGACCGAAGUCGUGUUAGCUGCUGUUUACAAGGCGUUAAAUGAUCACCACGUGUUUUUGGAAGGGACUUUGCUGAAACCUAAUAUGGUAACGCCUGGACAGGAAUGUUUAAAAAGAAGUAAUCCGAAAGAAAUAGUAUCAGCUACGGUAACCGCGUUAUUGAGAACAGUACCUGCAGCCGUACCAGGCAUAGCAUUCUUGUCUGGUGGUCAGUCAGAGGAAGAAGCUACUCUCAAUUUGAAUGCUAUCAACCAGGUGAACAUGAAGAAACCGUGGGCCCUAACCUUUAGCUACGGUAGGGCUCUCCAGGCCUCCGUGUGGAAGACUUGGGCCGGUAAAGAUGGAAACGUCUUAAAAGCCCAGAAGGAACUGUUAAAGAGGGCUGAGGCUAAUGGACUUGCUUCCUUGGGAAAGUACACGAAUGCAGUGUCAACGUCUGCCGGUGAUGCAUCGAAUUAUAGUAAAAACCACAAAUACUAGACGCAUUUAUAUGUAGCAAAUAAUUCGUUUGUUACUUUCAUGUUGUUUCAUUUUAAAAGAAAAUAUAAUUUAGAAUAGUUUAGAAUAUC